GUCGCCGGGGAAGGAGGCCUGCAGGUGGUUCGGGGAUCCGUCAACCUUGACCCCGCCGUUUGGGGCGGAGUCCUUCGGAAGGCGCAAGCGCUGAGUAACACGUGUGCAGUGUUCCUGUGCUGUGUGCGCGCCAAGUGUGUUCUUGAAGGUCUGGGUAUAGGCUCUGCGGUACAGAUCUUCAUGAGCCGGUACCGGGCUGCCCUGGCGGGGCUAGGCCUGAUACUCAUUGUCCUACUGUAUGUGGGGCUGCCUGGCCCACCUGAGCAGACUUCCCAGCUCCAGAGAGGCCUCAACGUCACAGUCCUAGCAGGACUCACCAGAGGCAACUCUCAAAUCUUUUACCGUGAGGUGCUGCCGAUCCAGCAGGCACGUAGGGCACAAGUCGUGUUGCUCCAUGGAAAGGCAUUUAAUUCGCGCACAUGGGAGCAGCUGGGCACACUGCAGCUACUGUCAAAGAGGGGCUACCGGGCUGUGGCCAUUGAUCUUCCAGGUUUUGGGAACUCAGCACCUUCAAAGGAGGCGAGGACAGAGGCAGGGCGAGCAGAGUUGCUGGAGCGAGUGCUGCGGGACCUACAUGUGCAGAACGCUGUAUUGGUGAGCCCCUCGCUGAGUGGCAGCUACGCCCUACCCUUCUUGAUGCGAAGCCACCACCAGCUACGUGGAUUUGUGCCCAUCGCACCCACCUCCACCCGGAAUUACACACAGGAACAGUUCUGGGCUGUGAAGACCCCAACUCUUAUCCUGUAUGGGGAAUUGGACCACACCUUGGCACGGGAGUCACUUCAGCAGCUCCACCACCUGCCCAACCACUCUGUGGUAAAGCUACCCAAUGCGGGGCACGCCUGCUACCUGCACAAGCCGGAAGCCUUCCACCUCGCCCUUCUUUCUUUCCUUGACCAUUUGCCUUGAAUGGACUCACUUCCCAGGACUGACCUUGAAGGGUCUAGACCCUCUCUUUCCUCUUCCAGGGUGGCAGUCCCUGGCCGGCGGUUGGGGGACGACAGAAGAUCAAGGCCAGCCAG